AUGAAGGUUAAGGCUCUGAUUCUCGUUGGUGGCUAUGGAACAAGACUUCGUCCACUUACUUUCUCAACUGCCAAGCCUCUUAUUCACUUUGCAAAUAAGCCAAUAGUUGUUCAUCAAAUUGAAGCAUUGAAGAAGGCAGGAUGUACAGAGAUUGUUCUUGCUGUAAAUUAUAAGCCACAAGAAAUGAUUGAUGCUAUGAAGAAGUAUGAAGAAAAGUAUCAAGUUAAGAUUACAUAUUCCGUGGAAAAUGAACCAUUAGGUACAGCUGGACCUUUGGCCCUUGCCAGGGAUAUUCUUGUUGCUGAUGAGAAUGAAUACUUCUUUGUUUUAAAUUCUGAUGUUAUUUGUGAAUAUUCGUUUGAUGAACUGUUGGAUUAUCAUAAGUAUCAUGGAAAGGAAGGAACCAUUAUGGUAACUAAAGUUGAUGAUCCUAGUAAAUAUGGUGUAGUUGUUACACAAGAUGGAAAACAAGGUGAAAUAGAAAAAUUUGUUGAGAAACCAAAGACUUUUGUUGGUGACAGAAUCAACGCUGGUAUUUAUGUGUUUAGUACAAAAGUGUUAGAAAGAAUUGAAUUGAGACCAACCAGUAUUGAAAGAGAAAUCUUUCCAUUUAUGGCCAGGGAUAAUGAAUUAUAUGCAAUGGAUUUAAAUGGCUUCUGGAUGGAUAUUGGUCAACCAAAGGACUAUAUUACUGGUAUGUGUUUGUAUUUGUCUAGUGACAAACACAAGACAGAAAACAAUCAACAAUUUGCUAAGAAUCCAGAAGAUGGUUCUUACCAAAUAAUCAAUGAAUCCUCAGUUCUGGUUGGAGAAAAUGUUAAAAUUGGAAAAGGAGCAAUGAUUGGACCUAACGUAGUGCUUGGUGAUAAUGUCAUUAUAGAAGAAGGAGCCAGAGUUACUAGGUCAACAAUUUUUGAAUCAGCUUGGGUUAAACAACACGCUCUUGUUAAAUCAUCUAUUAUUGGCUGGAAGAGUUCUGUUGGUAAAUGGUCAAGAGUGACAAAUAACACAGUUCUAGGAGAAGACACACAUGUCGACAAUGAGAUAUUUGUCAACGAGAUCAAGGUGUUGCCUCACAAGACAAUAAGUAGUGAUGUGCUUGAACCAGGUCAAAUAAUAAUGUAA